AUGGCUUCUACUAAUAAUCAUCCUUUUCUAUCAAGUGCCGCAGCAGAAGUACCGGGCAACAACGGUUUGAUGCCUCUAGCCAGAAAGCAUGUUGUAAUUCGUUACGUUGUGGACAACUUUAAAUUUUUGAAUGUGCGCUGUAAAUCCAAUGAAAAUGAUUUAGGACGAAUUCGUCUGGCAUAUUUGCAAUCUUGGGGUUUCAGAUUUCAUGUCAACAUAUCGAAAUCUACAAAAUUUCAUUGUCAUUUUUGGUGGAAAGGAGAGGUCCGUAAGAGUGAACCUAAGUAUUUUUCUCUAAUAUGCCAACAAUGUAUUUGGGAAGUGGGCUACUAUAAUGAACACACUAUUUGUCGUAUAAACCGCGAUAGAUCAUUGCCUUACUGUUUCCUAAUGGAUGAUCAUCCUUAA